GUCACUUCCGGUGACGCAGAGACGUCAGAUGUUUUGGGUCGUUGCGUUGAUAGCUUAGAAGCUAAAAAAAAAACAACAUCAAAAGCUACAUUUGAGAAACACCAACGGUGGCUUCGAUGGGAGUGGACCAGACGGAACCGGGUAUGCCGGCGGACCCGGUGGGCCGGCGGGUGUCCUGCGACGGGGAGCGGGCCACGGUGCGGUAUGUGGGCCCGGUGCCACCGACAGCAGGGCUGUGGCUCGGCGUCGAGUGGGAUAACUCAGAGAGAGGCAAACACGACGGCAGCCACGAGGGAGUCCACUAUUUCACAUGCAGGAACCCUAAAGGCGGCUCCUUCGUCCGUCCAGCAAAGGUGAGCUUCGGCGUGGACUUCCUGACCGCCCUGCAGCAGGUCUACCAGAUCAGAGCCCUGCAGCAGGUCUACAUCAGAUCAAGAAGCUCAAGUGGGCCUCAAGGACUGAGGAGAUCGCCACACUUUGUGUCCUCUCACCGAGCGAUCUGUCUGGCAGCCGCCGCUCACACGAUCGGACUGAAAACACCAUAUUUUAGUCUGGCAGCCGCUCAAGUCUCUGUUUUAGCUGCAGAUUUUGAGAGUCGUACGUCGGUGUUGUUUGAUUUCUGCGAAGUGAACGGGCCCGGGGCGGAGGGAGAGAUCAGAAAAACUACACCACGCGUGGCGUGGCUGGGCCUGAGUGGGACUCUGCUGUCCUGCUGGGAGGACAUGGCUGCUAUCGCACAGCAGCUGGACCAGCUGGACUCACUUCAGCUCAGUGACAACCGACUGCGUUUGCCCUCCGACCCCUCGGCUCACUGCCAGGCUUUCUGCAACCUCAAAGUCCUGGCGCUGAACAGAUGUGACCUCACCUGGCCACAGAUCCUGGAGUGCGCCCCCAUGUGGCCACAGCUGGAGGAUCUGUGUGUAGAAGACAACAACAUCACAGAGCUGCAGAGGCCUGUGGGAGUGCUGCAGUCGCUGAAGAGUCUCAAUGUGUCCUGUAAUCCUGUAGAGCAGCGCAGCGUGCUCAGCUUGGCGGCUCUGCCCAGGCUGGAGCAGCUGAAGUUGAUGAAGAUCGGACUGUCUGACAUUAGAUUUGAUGACGCUGCUCCCGGGUCUCAAACGGCCUUGUUCCCAGCACUGAAGAAUCUCAACCUGGAUGACAACAACAUCUCUGAGUGGCGUGUGGUGGACGAGCUGGCCAAGCUUCCCUGUCUGGUUCAGUUUUCGUGCAGCGGUAACCGGCUGGUGAGCAGUGACGGAAACCCCAAAACAGUCACUCAGAUUCUGAUCGCCAAACUGGGACAACUGGUCCUCCUCAACAGAAAUAUUCUGCGCCCUGAGGACAGGAGGGGGGCGGAGCUCGACUACAUCAAGAUGUUCGGGGAGGAGUGGCUGAAGGCCGGAGGGGCGAGUCAGCUCAGCACCCAGUUCGCCAGUCAGCACCCUCGUUACCAGAGUCUCAUCGACAAGUACGGAGCUCCAGAGGAAGGCGAGCUGAAGAAACAGGAACCCUUCGCCCUGAAAAACCAGCUGUUAAAGAUCUACUUUGUGUUUCCGGACGACGCCGGCAGGAAGCCGAUUGAGAAGAAACUUCCAGCAUCCAUGGUUGUUCAGAAGGUGAAGGGACUCCUGUACAGGCUGCUCAAGGUUCCUGCAGCCGAUCUGAAGCUCACCUACACCUGCAACAAGAAGGUGGGGACAGAGUUUGAGAUCGACAGUGACCUGAAGACUCUACAGUUUUACUCCAUAGAGGACGGAGACCAGGUGUUGGUGCGCUGGUCCUGACCCGGGACCAGGUGUUGGUGCGCUGGUCCUGACCCGGGACCAGGUGUUGGUGCGCUGGUCCUGACCCGGGACCAGGCGGUGGCGAUCCGGCCGCUCGGUCCACAGCAAAGACUGAACAGAGACUGAGACAGAACUUGUGUGUUCGACCGAGACACAGACUCACACUGGAUUGUGCGUCUCAGAAGCUAAACUGCACCACACUCCUUCAGGACUUCACUCCGAGUCGUCCCAGAGUCCCUGAGUGAAAUCUACUGGAGCACUAAGUCAUUCAAGCAUUUUGGUUGCAACUCCGUCUCACUCCCGGCAGUUUAAAAACUCGACAAUUGGUCACGCUUGGAGUCCGAAUCAUUUUAUUUGUCAUUGUAAAACAUUGUCACAACGAAAUUAAAGUGCUACUCCUUC